ACGACGAACCACACGACGAACCACGCACGACGACAAUAAGACAGGGAGCCAGGACCAAUGGAGGGCUUCUCGCUGUACGGCGGUGGUGCAGGUAGCAAUGGCGGGAACCACGGUGGCGGAAUUGCAGGCCUUCGCGGCAACAGUGGAAGUGGACUUGGCAGCAACGGGAACCAUAGUGGGCGCGCAGGCACUGGCCCCGGCGUGAAUGGCGUGCCACCAACUCAGCCGUCCGCACUGGGUGGGUUCCCCAUGGCACACCACCUCCCUCUGCAUCACCACCAGCACCACCAGCACCAGCCACAGCAGCAACAGCAGCAAGUGCCCAUGGCUGCGCACCCCGUGCACCAGCACGCUGCAGCUCAAAUCCCGUUUGUGUCGCCAUUCUUUGCUGCAGCACAACAACAAGUGCCGCGGGGCAUGCCUCCUGGCAUGGUCAUGCCACAACACCCGUUUAUGCACCAGCACCAGCUGUUUGAUGCGCAGUUACAGCAGCACCAACAACGCCAGCGCCAGCAACAGCAGCAGCAGCAACAACAACAACAACAACAACAACAACAACAACAACAACAACAACAACAGCAGCAGCAGCAGCAGCAGCAGCAGCAGCAGCAGCAACCGCAACACUUGACAGCACAGCUGGCACUCAACGAUCAUCCACUGGUGUCAUUCACGCUGCCAUCCCACCCAGUAUCAUCAUCAUCGUCGUCGGCGUUCUUGCGCCCAAGCAGAACCCACAGUCACCGGGGCCAUCGACAAGCUCGCCUCGCACGCAGCCAGCAGUCAACAGCCACGCGCACCCACGCUGUUCAGCGGGAGCAGCCAUCUGCAAGCGUCAAGCUGCCCAUGGCCAAGCUUGACCUGAAGGUGCACCGUGUCAUCAUCCCGGAGGCGUGGAAACAAGGCAAAGGCACCGCAGAGAAGAAUCAAGGCAACCAGGAGAAGGCCAAUGCCAGCGACGCCAGUGGCGAGGGUGUCAAGACACGAUCGAGGGCGAAGGGGCACGGUGAAGCCACGAAGGAGAGCGACAGUGCGCGGGAGAAGGGCGACAGUGGUGAUGAGGGCGCCUGUCGACAGGACCAGCAGCAGAGUUCCGACGCGACAUCAACAGCAGCACGCAAGAAGCGACGUGUUGACGAGAGCGACUCCGAAGAGCCCGCAGCCAAGCAAAGCAAAGCUGGAGAGGCAGCCGAGGAUGGGCUAGCUGCUGACGCCGGUAGUGGUGGUGGUGACGAGGAACAGCGUGUCGGCCAUGAGGAGGAGGUGAAGGAGGAGGUGAAGGAGGAGGUGAAGGAGGAGGUGAAGGAGGAGAGGAUGCAGGAAGAGGAUGAGGAAAAGGAGGAGGAGGAAGAGGGCGCAAAGAAGGGGGAGGAGGAAGACAACGAGGUUGAGAAGGGUGAUGGUGAAAGCGAGGUUGACAAGGAUGCAGCGAAGGAGGAGAAGAAGACAGAAAAUGUGAUUGAUGCGCUGGUGCACCACGGGGCGGACGUGGAGGCCAAGGACCCACGCGGCGUCACCCCUCGCAUGCUCGCCCGCAAGUACAAGCGAACAAUCCCGGACAGCAGCGAGGGCCGGAGCAGCAGCCAUUUUUUCCUCAACCAACACGUCGCCGCCCUCCUCAACGACACGUGGACACACGCGCAGAUUGUGCGGAUCGACGACGAUGAGGAAACGGGCAGUGCCAGCUACACCGUCAAGCACGUCAAGACAGGCGACGAACAUGUUGUGUCCGAGGACUGCAUUCGACUGCUGUCACCGUCGACUGUGGCCACGACCGCCGAUGUUGUCGCCGUCUCUCAAGAUGGCGGCGGGCUUGAGGAGCUGUCGUCGGUGUCGACAGACGAUCUUCCGAACCGGCCUCUCGUCUACUCCGUCGACGGCGCGGUUCUGUUCCGCAUGCUGCUGCCAACGCGUCUCCUGUAUCAGCAGGAGGAGGAGCAGUUCGAGGAGCUGGCACAUGCCAACGCGAGCAACCCAGACCUCGACGUGUGCGACGUCUACGGUGGUGUCCACCUCCUUCGUCUCCUUGUGACCAUGCCUGAGAUUAUUUACACCAGCAGCUCCACCAUGCACGCCGUACAGCCAGAGGUCUCAUGCAUUGCGUCGUUGGUUGCGUUUAUGGAUGCGCACAUGGCAGCCGUGUUUCCUUUGUCCGAGUAA